AUGGAUUCACCUUUCAUGCGCAUGCCCUGCGAGCUGCGGCUCAUGGUUUACGCAUACCUCUUCGAUGCAGGAGAACCAGACAUAAGCACCGACACCAAGGACAACCCAAACUCAGGCACGGGCGUCAGCACAAGCAUGGGCAUGUGCGUCAGCAGCCACGGGAAGUAUAACAUGUCGACGGCAAAGACUAUAUCCAUCCGCAACGGGAAAGACAACCCCUUCGAAUGCGCCCAAUGCGGCCAUCACAACGGCAGGGACCACGCCUACAGCGCCAGGCCCAGAUCGAACCAGACGCGCACGCGAUACCAGAUGAUCGACCGCUCCUUCGCGCGCCGGUGCGUCGAAACGACGUAUUACAUGGUCAACGAGGGGGCGUACGUCUGCGCGGCCCUCAUGCGCGUUAGCCGCGCCGUGCACGACGAGACGGUGCAUCUGCUGUACGGCGCGCAUACCUUCGACUUCGGAUGCGAUGUCGAGGCCGUCAGGCCUUUCCUGGAGGACCUCGCGCCUGCUACGCGCCGGCUCGUGACGCGCAUCGCGCUGUAUAAGAAGGGGCCGUGGCUGUAUGAUUGCUGGAGCGAUCGUUGCGAGUGGCGCACUAUGUGCACUUAUCUUCGCGACCACGCCUUCGUCAAACACCUCCAACUCGUCGUGCAAGCCGGCCGACUCUCGGAGUCCAGGGAGUGGGAAUGGGAGGGCGACAGUCCCCGCGAGCUCACUAGCAAGGACGUGGCGCUCUUGGUCGACAUUCGCCAUGAUACACUCCAUUGGGUCGGAGAUAUCGUUCGCUUGAGAAGUCUUCGGGGCGUCGAGGUCAUCCCGGACUACUGCACUGUGCCUCCCCCGCAGACCUCGAAUAUGUUUGUUUUCUUGGCCUUCUCGGCAUCUGUGAACAAGGGUUUUGUCGAGUUUCUGAGUGAUCGGUUGAAGCUUGCUUGUUGA